AUGUUCACCUUCACGCCGCUGUUGGGUGCCCAGUCCGAGUCGGCUGCGUCGCAGUCGCUACUGGAGCUGGAUGGAGGCGUCAAGAUCCUCGUCGAUGUGGGCUGGGACGAGUCUCUGGACGCCGACAAGCUCGUCCACAUUGAGCAGAACGUCUCGACCAUAUCGCUCAUCCUGCUCACCCAUCCGACAUUAAAUCAUCUGGGCGCCUUUGCGCAUUGCUGCAAACACAUCCCGCUCUUCUCGUCCAUCCCCGUCUAUGCCACCACUCCCGUCGUAUCGCUUGGUCGCACUCUCAUCCAGGACCUGUAUGCCUCAGCAGCUCACCAAGCUUCCAUUGUCCCAGCCUCAGCUCUGGCCGAAUCCCUGUCCAAAUCACAAGUUCCCGCCAACUUCCUCCUCCAACCUCCCACCAACGACGAAAUCGCCUCGUACUUCUCCUUGAUCAACCCUCUCAAAUACUCCCAACCUCACCAACCUAUUCCCUCGCCCUUCUCANNCCCCCCUCUCAAUGGUCUUACUAUCACCGCAUACAACGCUGGUCAUACCCUUGGUGGUACCAUCUGGCAUCUACAACAUGGCCUCGAGUCUAUCGUCUACGCCGUUGACUGGAACCAAGCAAAAGAGAAUGUCUUAUCAGGUGCUGCUUGGCUAGGAGGUGCUGGAGGAGGUGCCGAAGUCAUUGAACAACUGCGCAGACCCACUGCUCUGGUUUGCAGUACNAAAGGUGCCGACCGAUCACAUCUCGCAGGAGGACGUAAGAAGCGUGACGAUGCACUGCUCGCCUUGGUCAACCAGACUAUUUCCAAUGGUGGUAGUGUUCUCAUCCCCACAGACUCUAGCGCUCGCAUGCUCGAAUUGGCCUAUAUUCUGGAACAUCACUGGCGACAAGGAACCAAUGGUCCCAACCAAGAACUUUACAANAAUACCAAGCUGGCAUUUGCUGCAAAAUCCGCUUCUGCCACCUUGCGAUAUGCUCGUAGUAUGAUUGAAUGGAUGGAUGAUGCAAUCGUGCGUGAGAUGGAGGCUGCGGUACAAGGAAGGUCUGAAAAUACACANAAGAGUCAGACUGGUCGUGACGAAGACACGCCCUUCGACCUGAAGUACCUCAAGCUGGUCGAGAANAAGACGCAACUACAUCGCAUUCUUGACUCUGGGAAGCCUGCUGUUAUCCUAGCAAGUGACAAGUCUCUCGAAUGGGGCUUCUCUAAUGACGCUAUCCGAAAAAUUUGCAACGACCCAAGGAACCUUGUCGUCUUGACGGAAAGAGCUGCAAACCCAUCGCCAGACGACAAAGGCAUCGGUCGUUUCCUGUGGGAGUACUGGCGUCAACAGGUCGAGUCACGGGAUGAAGAUGCGAAUGUAGUCGAAAUUUCGGGUGCGGAAGCUCAAGUACGCCACCUGGAUGUAGCACGUCUCGAAGGUGAUGAGAACCUCCUCUAUCAACAAUACCUAGCGCGUAGACGCCAAAUGCACAGCACACUGCAAGGCGACAACACUCUUACAAAGGAGAACGCGGCAGAACUGGCUGAUGACGGCUCCUCGACCAGCUCUGAAUCCUCCGAUGAGUCUGAGAACGAACAUCAGGGAAGAGCACUCAACAUUUCUGCAACCAUGACACACAGGCGGAAAGUAGGUCUAACAGAUGCUGAGCUCGGCAUCAAUGUGCUUCUACGACGCAAGAACGUUUACGAUUAUGAUGUGCGCGGCAAGAGGGGACGCGAAAAGGUGUUCCCUUAUGUUGCCAAGCGCGGUCGUGCAGAUGAUUUUGGUGAAGUGAUUCGACCGGAAGAAUAUCUUCGUGCAGAAGAGAAGGACGAUACAGAUGGCCAAGAUGCAGCAGAAGCAAAGACAGAGACUGCUGUUGGACAAAAGCGCAAAUGGGACGAAGUCGCACCACGGGCUAUUCAAAAUGGUCGAACUGACAAGAGAAACAAGAAUGACGAUCGAGAAUCUACAAAUGUAAAUUCGACAAACCAGGAUCAUGACAUGAACGGCGAUGCAGCUAGCGAGUCAGAAGAGUCCGAUUACGAGCCUGAAGAAGCACUACCGGAAGGACCUCUCAAGGCUGUCUUCACCAAAGAAUCGUUACAAUUCAACCUGAGGAUAGCCUACAUCGAUUUCUCUGGUCUCCACGAGAAGCGUGAUCUGCAGAUGCUCAUCCCUCUGAUUCGACCAAGGAAGCUGAUCUUGGUCGCUGGAGAGGAAGCAGAAACUCUAGCACUUGCCGAGGAUUGCAAGACUUUGCUUGCCACUGGCGAAGGCAAUGCUGUUGAUAUUCUCACUCCGAUUAUUGGUGAGACUGUUGAUGCCAGUGUCGACACGAAUGCAUGGACACUCAAACUCAGUCGAGACCUGGUCAANAAACUCGCCUGGCAAAACGUCAAGGGGCUUGGCAUUGUGGCUGUCACAGGUCGUCUUGAGGCCGUGCAGAAGAUGCUCGCUGCUGCAAACGGCAAUGGAGAUGAGGCCAUCAAGAGAAAGAAGCAAAAGAUGAUUGAGGGAGGUGAUGAGACUGAUGCUCCCGAGCAGGCAGAUGACGGUGAAGCUGAGACCGAGCCUGUUCUCGAUGUGUUAUCGACCAAUCCCUCAGCCAACAAUCAAAUCACAACACAGCCACUACAUGUUGGUGACCUCCGUCUUGCUGACCUGCGAAAACUCAUGCAAGCUUCUGGUCAUGCCGCUGAAUUCAGAGGUGAAGGCACACUGCUAGUCGAUGGUGCUGUUGUCGUCCGCAAGACUGCUAAUGGCAGGAUUGAAAUUGAGGGAGGCAACUACAUGGUAUCUGCUGGACGUCGUGAGAGUGCAUUCUUUGCGGUCAGACGCAAGGUGUACGAGGGCCUGGCUGUUAUUGCCGGUAGUUGA